CCUUUGCCUCCGUCCAUGACCCCGGCCCCGCCGCGCGCUCCAAUCCGCGGGCCCGGCCCCGCCGCGCGCUCCAAUCCGCGGGCUCGGCCCCGCCCGCCGGCCAAUGGCGGCGCCCCGCCCCGGCAGCCAAUGGGGCGGCGGAGCGGCGGCCGGGCCCGGCCCCUCCUCCCGCGGCCGCCUCCUCCGCGCCGUGCCGCGCUCGCUCCCGCUCCCGCCGCGGCAGCGCCGUCCCCGCCGGUCCCGCCGCGGCACGGGCAGCGGACGGGCGGCCCCGCUAUCCCCGUGCCGCAGCACCCGCCUGAGCCUGAGGGGCUCGGCCCCCCGCCCGCCCGCCGGCCCUCCUCCGCCGCCGCAGCCCAAGCCAUGCUGCUCCUGGCCGCCGCCUUCAUCGUGGCCUUCGUCCUCCUGCUGUACAUGGUGUCGCCGCUUAUCAGCCCCAAGUCUCUGAAGCUGCCCGGCGCGCACGUCGUGGUAACUGGAGGCUCCAGUGGGAUUGGAAAAUGUAUUGCUAUUGAAUGCUAUAAGCAAGGUGCUUUCAUAACACUGAUUGCAAGGGAUGAGAACAAGCUGUUGCAGACGAAGAAGGAAAUAGAAAAGUACUCUGUUAAUGACAAGCAGGUUGUGCUUUGUAUUUCUGUUGAUGUGUCCAAAGACUAUGAACAGGUGGAGAAUGUUCUAAAACAGGCUCAGGAGAAGUUGGGGCCAGUUGACAUGCUUGUAAACUGUGCAGGAACAUCAGUUACAGGAAAAUUUGAGGAUAUUGAAGUGAAUUCUUUUGAAAGAUUAAUGGCAGUCAAUUACCUGGGUAGUGUCUACCCGAGCCGAGCAGUGAUUGCUACCAUGAAGGAACGCAGGAUGGGAAGGAUUGUAUUUGUAUCAUCUCAGGCUGGGCAAUUAGGCCUCUUUGGAUAUACAGCUUAUUCUCCAACGAAAUUUGCUCUUCGAGGGUUGGCUGAAGCCCUGCAAAUGGAGGUAAAACCUUAUAAUGUCUACGUAACAGUGGCCUAUCCUCCAGAUACUGAUACUCCUGGCUUUGCAGAAGAAAGUAAAACAAAGCCCUUAGAGACAAAGCUGAUUUCUGAAACCUCGUCUGUUUGCCAAGCAGAGCAAGUCGCCAGAGUUAUAGUGAAAGAUGCCAUACAAGGGAACUUCAACAGCUCAGUUGGAUCAGAUGGUUACAUGCUGUCAAUACUGACAAGUGGAAUGUCACCAGUCACUUCUAUUACUGAAGGUCUUCAGCAGGUUGUUUGCAUGGGCAUUUUUCGCAUCAUUGGCCUAUUUUACCUAGGAAGUUUUGACAGCAUAGUUCGUCGCUGCAUGAUGCAAAGGGAAAAAUCUGAAAGUGCAGAUAAAACUGAGUAAUCUUUACUUUGAGUGGAAAGAAGAAUGUCAAGCGGUCCUGGACAGCUUGCUGCUUAAGUGGGACUCAGUUUUGCUCCUGAAGGAUUUAGGCUGGAAGUACUUGCAUGUGUGACAGAGGAGUCCCCUCAAAAGCUAUGAAAGAAAAAACAAAAGUACAAAUCCAGAAAAUGCCAAACUAUGCAAAAGUGUGAAUGAGGAUUAGAUACCUUUUUUUUUUGGUAAUUUGAGUUGGAAAGAAUUUGGAGAGCUUGUAAGUGAUCUGCAGAGUAGAAUUUGAGAAUGGAUAAUGUGUGGUAAUUCUGGACAAAUACUUAAGUUUUCUCACUUUGGUGCUUAUGGAUGAAAUAAGUACCGUGACAGACCGGGCUGAAGUAGAUUGAAGUCCCCUGAACAAGUUGGUACCUUUUGCUAACGUUUUGGGACUGCUUUUGAUUUAGAAUGUUAACUUUUCCUUUGGCCAAUCUACAGAUCCUUCUGUGAAUGACAGCUUUCCUUAUUCUGUCCAACAUACAACUGUGGAAACCUGAAGAUGGCAAAUAUGUUUGCAUGAUCCAAGCUUUCUCAGUGUGGGAGUAAUUAAAAAGUAUGGUUUAAUAUAUGCAUACUUUCUAAAGGGAGAUGAAGAACCCGUUCCCACAGAGAAAUGCUAGGAGAUGUGAUUGGGUCUGUAGCUCUUCUGGCCUUUGAAGUAUGUUGUGAACAAAAAAAAAAAAAAAAUCAAAUCAGUAUCAAGUGUGUCAUUUAUGACUCAGCAUUUUAAGCCAUUAAAACAAUGUACAAUUUUUACAGAUACUUAAUCUGCCAGUUUUUGCUCUGGAAAGGAAAGUGGCUUAAUGCCACUGUUAUGCACAUUAAUUUCAAAGCUGCAAAUGAUGAGCCAAACCAGUAGUUGAUGGUGGAAUCAAUUGUAAUUAAGAUACCGGGCUCUUCCAGUAGCAGGAAUGUAGCUUUUUAGGGCAGAGGGGUCAGGAGGGGGAGAGGUGUGUGUCAGAACGGCCUUCCACACUGCAUUUUAUCACUGCACAGAAAAGCUUUCACAUGAGAAAUUACAUAAAAUACUCUCCUUAUAUGACCCACUUCUAAUUUGUUUCAUUUACAUGAUAUGAAACAAGGCUGCUCGAUUACUGCUUCAGAAUACACAGAACCCAGUGGUUGUUUCUAAUAAAUCUCAUUUAACACUGAAAAAGCUUGAUGCAUAACAAUGAUGUUUUAAGGGUGCACUAUGUAUACAGUUUAUUUAAUGGACCACUAUAGUAAGUGCCUUGUGAGCUGCUUUUUUUUUCAAAAGCUGCGUAUUUUGUAUUUGGUAGCACUGCUGUGUUUUCAAUGUCUUAUUUCCAUUUUCAUUCAAUACUCUGAAUCUAAAAUUAUGUGUAAAACUGGUCACUUUCACUUCUUUGAAAGUAAUAUUUAACAACCAAAAUAGGCAAAAUAGAUUGCUUUUGUAAAGAGAUUCUCUAUAUCUAUUAACGAAGAGGUAUUUAAUUAAACUGAGAUUAAAAAAAUAAUAGGUGGUUAACUGGAAAAUCUUAGAAUGUAAUUUAUUGAGGCUAUUUUUUCCCUCUCUGAAUUAGGUUGAUCAUUUUUCAAAUUUUCUUCACAUAGACUAAACUUGCUUUAAUAUACCUGGUUAUAAACAAAUUUUUUGGAGAUGAUGACAUUGGCACUCUUCAUUUUAAGUGGUGAAAAUUUGUUAGAUUGCAAAUGUUGAGGCACUGUUGAAUUCUUCACAAAGCCUAUGUUUUGGGUCCUGCCUCCUGAUUUUGCUUAGAUAGGUGAAGUUGUGCAUGCCUAUAAUAUAAUGCUAAUUUUGAGAAUAUAGUGUAUUCCUGCAUUUUUAAUCAGCUUGGCUUCAGUGCAGAGAAAUCUAGUGUGCAUUUGUAUUUCCUGUGCUGCUUAAUGUGAAUGACAUAACGGAACAUUUAUUAUACAUCCAUUGUCAACAUUGGUUAAUUGUUCCUUAAAGCAACAUAACAAUGCUAUUCCUAGAAUCAUGGAAUGGUCUGGGUUGGAAGAGACCUUAAAGAUCAUCUCGUUCCAGCCCCCAGCCAUUGGCAGGGGCACCUUUUACUAGACCAGAUUGCUCAAAGCUCCAUCCAACCUGGCCUUGGAACACUGCUUCAGACCCUGUGGUCUAAGUUAUUCUUGUUUUGAUGCAAAUCAAAUACUCUUUUGACCACCUGGAAAAGAUACCAAAAUGGGUGAAUUGGUUGUGUUGUAGUUUGAAAGAAACAAUUAUGUAAAUGACUUGAUACCAGCCCAAGCUUGAAGGUCAGGACUUCAAACCAGUAAGCUUUUGGAUACUUGAGCUUUUGGAUCCUCAGCUUGAAAUGUUAAAGGGUUUGCGUUAAAGAAACGUGACCCAGAAGGUCAGAGCACACACAACACUAUGGCAGCUGGGCCUCUAAAGCUUUCAGGUUGGACAUCUUGAAUCACCACUCACCUCCUAGUAUUGACUGAUAGAAUUCAGUGCAAGUGUCUGGAUAAGUAAGACUGCCAGGUGAAAGUUAUGGUCCUGAUCUACAGGCACUUCAGUUUUCCAGACCUGAUUUUGCAUAGUGUAAGUGAGUGCUUUGGCAGUGAAACUGUAGGUUGAGCCCCUCAGCAGUCCUGGAGAUUGAAACAAGGUAUGUUUUUUAAAGCAAGAAAAAAAUACUUUUCAUUGUUCUAGCUUCUGCUGUUGCAAGUUAAUGAUGUUUGUUUUAGCUGAUAAAUUUCUCAACUGUUUUACCGUCAAAACAACGUAAAUUGUCAACUACAGCAACCUUUGGUGUAAAUUUUGUUUUCUUAUGCACAUUCUCUAUCUACCAAUGUAUCUUUUUAAGGUCCAAUAUAAAGUGAAGGAGAUGCCUUGUAAUCUUGUGAAAAAAUGUUUAGCAAUUGAAAAACUCUUGCCAGUUUAAAUGUUACAGAACCUCUGCAUCAAAAUGUUUUAGCAAUGUAUUAGAUCCGUGAAGAUCUUCAAAUAGGCUUUACUUUCUACUUAUUGUCUAGUUGUCAAUAAUUUAAUCACUUGUGCCAUAUCAGUUGGUAUCUUGUCUCUUAUUUUCUUGGUCAGCCUUGUAAGGUUCAAUUUAGGCUUUGCUAGUCUUUUCCAUUCCAUGUAGUUUCUAAUGACUGUUUGCUUUAUAUACAGAUUUGUCAUAAUUUUACUUCUAGUUUACUUCACCAAGGUGUUCACGUGCAAUUUAAAUAGAUUUAAUAUUUUAAUAAGGAAGAAAUAUAUAGGUGAAUAAAGUUUAUUUGCUGUGAAAAACUCUAGACACUUUUAAAUGGUAAAGAUACAUAGCGUUAUUUGUAAAAAGAAAUUUUGUGCUUAUUGCGUCAUCAUUUUUUGUGCCAGAACUGUAAACUAGUUUUCAUAUUUUAUACUUCUCAAAAUAAAUGGAGAAUCAAUAAAGCCUGUAAUUUCUAACUUCUUUGA